AUGAGAUACAACGCCUUUGCCUUUAUGGCCCUUGUCAACGGCCUCGCUCAGGCCAAUCGUUUCGACUGGCAGAGCGAGUCUAAGGCCGACGUUGCCAAGCACGGGCACAAGAACACUGCCGCCCCUGUUUUUAAGGUGGAGGUGAACGAGGGUCACCGUGCUGGCAACAAGGGUCAACUCGAGGCUGGGAAACUGAAGAAAGAAGAGGAGAAAGCCGAAGAAGAGGCCAAAAAGCUGGAGGAGAAGCUUCAGAAGAAAGAGGACGAGCUUGAGCUCGAGGCUGCCCAGGCUGGAGGGAACCGCCAUCACCACCACACCCACCCCUCAUCCUCCCCUGAUCCUACCUACGACCCUGCCACAAAGACUACUGGAUAUCAUCACCAUCACUCAGGUCACCUCCAAAAGGGGCCUUACACGCUUGAUGGAGAGAAGUUCGACUAUAUCCAUAAACCCAAGGUUCACUUCCACACUUCUUACACUACCCACGCACCUACUCUCAGUCCCGGAUGUGUCGGUGACAAGUGUGCUCGUAAGCCUUGCAAAGAAUGUAAUGGCAACUGGGCACAGCCUGGCUGCUGGCACUGCAAGAAUCAUGGAGCCACUGGUGAGGAGGCUGCUGAACAGGCAACGAAAACCACCAAGCAUGCUCCUGAAAAGACCAAGGCCAAAGAGGAGAAGGAGGAGAAGGAUCCUCAUGCAAAGACAUACACGCAUGGAGACAAGACUGUCAUUGUUCCCAAGGAGACCAAGGCCCCUGAAACUAGUCGGCCUGAAGCUCCUCAGAUUGAACAAACUCAUAAGGAGGGCCCCAAGUUCAUUGUCAUCGAGAAGCCCAAGAAGGAGUCUGAGGAGGAGAAGAAUUUUGAAGAGAAGAAAGAGGAGAAAAAGAAGUACCCCGACGAGAAGCCCAAGCAUGAUUAUCCCAAGGAGGAGCCCAAGCAUGAGAACAUCUGUAACAAGGCACAUCAUCAUGGCCAGCCCAGCAUCUGUGACAAGAUCAAGCAUCAGCACAAGGAUGAGCACCACAAGGUCCACGAACCUAAGAAGGAGGACAUCUGUGCCAAGUUCAAGGGCUGCCAUCCCCACGGUCAGGCUCCCGCUCCUGCUCCCGCUCCCGCUCCCGCCCCGGCUCCUCAUCAUGAAGUGAAGCCUGGCCCCGCACCCGCCCCAGCUCCUCAUUACCCUGAGCAGAAGCCUGAGAUUGAACCUGCCCCCAUCCCGGCCCCUGGCCCUCAUUAUCCCGAGGUCAAGCCUGUGCCGAUCCCAGCUCCAGCUCCCCAACAGCCUGAGCAGAAGCCUGGAGAGGUUCAGCCCGCUCCGGCUCCGGCUCCAGCCCCUGCUCAACCCGAAGGAGCCAAGCCUGAAGAAGGCAAGCACGGCAAUGCUCCCUCAGUUCCUAUAACAGUGCCCAAGUCUGGAGCCACCUACAACCACGUCUCUGUCGGCAUCGCCGUCUUUGCAGGUAUUGCCAGCAUGAUGCUUCUGUGA